AUGAAUGGUCAGACCCCAACUCCAGACACAGGUCCUUUCCGUGACCACACUACAGGUCUUGUGACAGGACAUUAUGUUUACACAGAGUCUUCUGCACCACGUCGCCCUGGUCAAAAGGCAAGACUACUUAGUCCAGUAAUCCAGCCUACUACAGCCAGUGACAACUGCUAUCUUGUUGUCUACUACAACAUGAAUGGUAGAACUAUGGGUGACUUUAAUGUCUACAUGCAAACAUCAUCCAAUGGUUACCCUAGCACUUUGAUUCAUCGCUCGGGUGACCUUGGUCCUGUGUGGGUGCGAGAUUCACGACUUCUUGUUUCUGCUCAACCAUUUUCUCUUAUAGUUGAAGGUGUUAUUGGCCCUAGCUAUUAUAGUGACUUAGCUGUGGAUGACAUUGUGUUGUCAGCAGGCUGUAGAUUGUCACAAAAUACUCUUCCUACAGCUGGUUACACGGUAACUGACACAACGCCCAGAGUUUGUGCAAUGAGCCAGUACCAGUGUGCAAAUGGCGACUGCAUAGACCAGUCUCGUUAUUGUGACUUCUCCAAGGAUUGUUCAGAUGGCUCUGAUGAGUUGACAUGCGGGACCUGCAAUUUUGAGGCAGGACUGUGUGGCUACAAAGAUUUAAGUGUUGGACGCUACAACUGGACACUGAGCUACCCAGCUUUGAUGGGGGUGGUGGGCCCAGCUUCAGAUCACACUCUGGGAAAUAGACAGGGUCACUAUGCUUACGUGGAGGGUGACAGAGGAGUGUUUCAACAAGUAGCCAGACUGCAAAGUCCUCCAUUGCCAGCACUUUCUUCAAGUUGUACUAUAGCUUUCUUCUAUUAUAUAUCAGAUCAUCAGUUAGGUUCCUUUCAGUUUGGACUCACUGUCAAUGAUUCAUACAGAUCUUUAUUUUCUAUUUCUGGAAGUUAUGGGUCAGGCUGGAAACCCAUGAAUGUAUACGUAGGCAGAUUAGGUGGUCUUCCAGCAGGCUCUCAUUUUGAGUUCCGUGUGACACCUGGGCAAGGAGCUCUUGUCAACAACUCUGCUGAUGUGGCAAUAGAUGAUAUUACCUUUACUUACUGCAAUCCUAGACAGGUACCCCCCACUGUCUUCUGCACUUUUGAAACUGGCUUCUGCAUCUGGAACCAAAGCACCAAUGACCAGAUGGACUGGUUAAGGCGCCAGGGCUCAACACCAACUGCACACACUGGCCCAUCUGGUGAUCAUUCAACAGGUGUAGGUUACUAUGCAUACAUUGAAACAUCACCACCAACAAGACCAGGUGAUUCAGCUGUCCUGCACACUCCAUGGCUGCUGCCUACUGAUUCUGCAGGAUUUUGUCUGACUUUCUGGUAUUACAUGUUUGGAUCGACCAUGGGUAAUCUCACACUUAACUUAAUGACACCACAGGGCGUUCAGACAUUCUGGUCUAAACAUGGACCUCAGGGUGAUCAGUGGAGACAAGCCCAGCGCACAGUCAUUUCCACUACAGAGUAUUACCUCUUCUUCCAGGCUUCUUCAGGUGGUUACCUUGGAGACAUUGCAAUAGAUGACAUCUCAGCAUCAAGGGGACCUUGUCGUCCUACAGCAUCUUGUGACUUUGAAGAGGAAACAUGUUCGUGGACACAGAGCAGCAUGGGUAAUAUCAACUGGACUCUGGGCACCAAUGGUUCUACAGCCAUGGGAACAGGACCAAGACUAGAUCACACAUUUGGUUCAGACUCAGGCCACUUUUUGUUUCUACAUGGAAGUAAAUCAGGUGACCAGGCAUUCCUUGCCAGCACAUUACUUAACAGUGUUUCAUCAUUUUGCCUACAGUUCUGGUAUUACAUGCAUGGACAACAUACAGGGUCACUGAACAUAUCUGUCACUGUAAAUGGAACUUCCCCACCUCAGUAUUUGUGGAGCAUGCAGGGAGACCAAGGAGACCAGUGGAAGCAUGCUGCAGUUACUGUCCCCUAUCUGAGAAAUCAACAGUUCAGGAUCCUAAUGCAAGGCAUCAGCACUGGUGGUCAGCAAGAAAACAUUGCUGUUGAUGACAUCAGCUUCAAUAAUGGAGAUUGUCUGUUAGGUAGCUGCAGUUUUGAAGCUGAUAUGUGUUCUUAUUCUAAUGCUGUUACUGGUGAUGACUUUGACUGGCAGAGAGGCAGUGGGGGAUCAUCAAGUCGCACAUUGGGUCCAUCUACUGACCACACACGCCACACAUCAGCUGGGCACUACAUGUACCUGGAAACUUCUGGUGCCAACCUCACAGCAGGGCAGAAAGCAUGGCUAGUGAGUGAGACUGUGCUUAGGCCUAGAGAUGCAACAGGCGGGUGUCUUUUCUUCUAUUACCACAUGUAUGGGGUGGGAAUAGGCACCCUGAAUGUCUAUACACGGUCUGCAUCCACUCAUAACUUGUUUCUCAUCUGGUCUCUAAGCAGCAACCAGGGCAAUGUGUGGAACUAUGGCAGAGCUCCUAUAGUGACUAACAACUCAUAUGAGAUCAUUUUUGAAGGUGUUUAUGGAGGCAACACUACAGGAGAUAUUGCCAUUGAUGACAUAUCAGUAUCACCUUAUCGUUGUUAUGGCAUGAUCCAGCCUACAACUCCUUCAAGUUUAACAUCACCAGUGACAUAUCCACCUACCUCCAUAGACUGUGAUUUUGAGUCGGACAUCUGUAACUGGCAGCAAGAUACUAGUGACCAGUUCAACUGGGAAGUCCAAGCAGGCAGAACACUGACUGGGACAGGUCCCACUGCUGACCACACUUACAGUACUCUUCGAGGGCACUUUGCCUACAUCAACUCAUCACAUGACUCAGCAAACAGCUCUGCUCGUCUGCUCAGUCCAGCACUGACCAUUGGACCCCAGGGUGUCUGCUUCAAGUUCUGGUACUACAUGUAUGGAAGCUCUAUUAACAGGAUUAACUCUUCUGGCUCAGAGCAAUGGAAAAAGUCAAGCAUCUUCAUCCUGGAGGGUCUGCCAGGACUUGGUGCACAUGGGGAUAUUGCACUUGAUGACAUUUCAGUGAAUGUUGACCACUGCCCUGCUGAAGUGAUCUGUGACUUUGAGAACGAUGAGUGUGGAUACACCCAGGCAUAUGAUGACAACUUUGACUGGUCUUUUGAAGACUACUACAACUAG